AUGGGCGUCCGGCGGUUUCUGAAUCUGUUCGCGGCGAACCGCCCGGGCUGCAUGUAUUCGCUGCGCCGCUUCGAUCUCUCCCGCAACCAGUUCUUCUACACCACACCGGAAGAAGUAGCUCUGCACGGGCGAGUUCUGUCGCGGAUACAAAGAGACUCUGCAUCAUAUUCAUCCCUGAAAAAGGCCUGCGGCAGGGUCAAGAAGCAGCAAGCCUCAGAGAUCGGGCCGAUCCGGUUGCCGGCGCGACUCUUCAACAUGCGGCCGGCGCCAUACCCAAAGCCAAAAUCCGACGAGCUCAGAAUGGACGCGUUCGCUCUCUCGGAGCGCAGCAUCGUGUUCGCGGACCGCAAGGGGCACGUCUUCACCUACGACGCCGACUCGGACUGCCUCGUGACCAUGCCCGGCCUCCACGCCCCCAAGGAUGAGCCCUUGGCCGUCUCCGUUCCACGCCCCGGAGGCAGCGAAGGCGGCCUCUACGUGAUCGAGAGGUUGCUCCGUCCUGGCAAGAGCUUCCAGUUCGAGGCCCUUGUCUCCGGCCAGCACUACAACGAGUACCAUCCCUGCCGGACCUGGCAGUGUGAGGAGCUCCCGCUGCCGUCCCUACAAGAAGACGUGUACCUCGGCUCUGUCGCGGUGGUGGGCAACGUCAUCUGCAUCUCUGCAGAUCACUUUGGCACCUACUGCUUCGACACGGUGAGCCGCUCCUGGAGCUUUGCCGGUGACUGGGUGCUGCCCUUCUUUGGCACCGCCGAGUAUGUCCCCGAGCUCAACCUCUGGUUUGGCGUCUCCGACCAGGACUACCACUUGCCUUGCGCGGCCGAUCUCUCACCCGUCCUCGCAGGGCAGCGGCCGGAGACGGGCCUGAUUUGGGCGGACAAUUACCUGCCGGAGGAGUGGCAUCAUAGCGGCCAAAAUGGUCAGCCUGGGUUCUGGAAGGUUUUGCCUCAUCAGGUUCCUUGA